UUUGACAUCGUUUCCACAACAAUCUGAGCUAGACGCUGGUUAAUGGUGAACAGCGUUCGACAUCUUACAAGAGAAAAUGUUUUCUUCGACUGUUCACCAGGUGGUUCGGUCACUUGGGAAGGACACCUUACUGCCAGUCCCAAACUUGGACGCGUCUGACAAUAUUUAUCCAUUAAGUAUUGUGCUGAAAGAAUCACGCCGUCAUCUGCUGUUUUGGACAAAGCACAAGUGUUAUACGACAGAAUUCAAACUUAGUGACAUUCUAGAGGACCCAACUAAAGUGCCCGUCGUCAAAAUUGACGAGAAGGUUUUUUGUAAGGGUUUUAAUCGAAGUACGAAUCUGUCCUUGAAAGGAAAGUUCGGUGUUGAACUUGCUAAAGAACUGGUUGACAUCGACUUGGAAGGAGCGAGAUCUGUGAUUGUUCAAAGUCCCCUGGGAGAUCUGCAGAAGGACGAAGUCGAAUUACAGCCGUUCCUUGAUGAAAUAAAUUCAAGGAGAAUCAAUCUGGACCACCCGCUGGUGAAGCCCCUGAUCAAUGACAAGACUCUGUGUGUGGUGACGGGCGUGGUCAAGCUGGUCAGUGAUGCCAACCUCUCCAGUCAAGUCAACUUUGAUGAAACAGGCAAAGCUGGAGGCACGUUUUCUUGCAUAAGCAGCGCGGCUGUCACAGUCACUGCAAGUGAAGACGUGGAUGAGAAGAAGUCGAAGUCGAUGAAGGUGCCAAGUGGGACCCCUGUGGCGUACCGGGUGUAUGAGCUGCUGGUCAGCACCAUGGAUGGGAGCUUCCAGGUUCAGGUGGAUCCAGGCACCAAGGGGGGAUUCACCCCUGACAGUCUCGCCAACCUUGACCAGGUGGAUGCACUGGCAGAGUCCUUCAGUGCUGUGGAAUGUUCAGGUACCCCGGGAAAUAUUUUCCGCAGCCUGCUGGAAUUGUCCGCUGGUCAGCGUGAGCAGGUCAAGAGCAGCCUGCGGGGAAUAAUGGAGCUUCCGCAGACUGUCCAGCCUCUAUCCGAGCUGCUGCAAGAAGCUGAGGUGUUCAUCGAUGCAAACAUUGAGAAGACAACCAAUCUGGAGAACUUAAAUAAGAAGAUCGGAACAUCAAACGAUGAUAUCCAACAGUUCCUCACAAUUGCAGGCUUCCACAUAAAUGAUGGCCACGUUGAGUACCCCCGAGCCACCAGCGACAUAUUUGAAGCAUGUCAGCUCCUCAUCUGUCUGCUGGAAGAGUUUGACGACGAUGAGCUCGAUGCUGUAGCCCGCUGUGUUGAUGAUGGAGAGACAGCUCAAAGCCUUCUUAGUAUUCUCCAGAAGCUGCAGGGUAAGGACAUCCUGACGCUGACACUCUCACCAGAAGAAGCAUCCGUUCUGUCCACAGACACCGCCAAGAACUUCAUCGAGUCUGUGGACGUGACGCUUGACGACAACGUGCUGGCUCUCUCCCCCACCAACAGACUCGACCUGAACGCUGCGUACUUCGUGUUUUAUGCCCUGUAUGGCCAGUGAGGGUCUGUGUCGUGUCUGAAGGCGGUUGACAGUCUCAUUACAGUAUUUCAAGUAGAGAACUAUUGAUAGAUAAUCGCCUAAGUACAGGGACAUGUUGAACAUGAAGAGAAAGGAGAAAUGUAUUAUGGUAAAUAAUAAUGGAUUAUUACAAAUAAUAAAAUACAUUGUGAUACAAGUGAGUGAGUCAGUCAGUUGGGCUGAAGCUGACAGUAUUUCAGUUAUGUCAGGGCAGCAAAAAAAUGAAUUUGAGGUGGACAUUAUACUAACAUAAAAACUUAAGAUAGGUUUGUGUUGAACAGAGUCAUAAAUUGGAGAUACGACAUAAUGAAUUUGACAGAAGUAAUAAAUGUAUCAUGGUAAACAUGAAUUUGACAGAACUAAUACAUGUAUUAUGAUAAGAAUUUGACAGAAAUGAUAAAUGCAUUAUAAUUAUAAGAAUUUGAAAGAAAUAGUAAAUGUAAUUUAAUAGACAAGAAUUCAAGAAUUUGGCAGAAUAAUGAUAACAAGAGUUUGACUGAAAUAAUAAAUGCAUUAUGAUAAACAAGAAUUUGACAGAAACAAUAAAUGCAUUAUGGUAACAAGAGUUUGACUGAAAUAAUAAAUGCAUUAUGAUAAACAAGAAUUUGACAGAAACAAUAAAUGCAUUAUGGUAACAAGAGUUUGACAAAAACAAUAAAUUCAUUCUGAUAAACAAGAAUUUGACAGAAACAAUAUGUGCAUUAUGGUAACAAGAGUUUGACCGAAAUAAUAGAUGCAUUAUGAUAAACAAGAAAUUGACAGAAAUAAUAGUGCUGAACAUGAACUUGAAAAAAAUUAUAAUGAAAUGAUAAAUAAAAUAUUAUUCAUUCCUUUGCCAAGUAGGUCCUAUGAAUAUGUGUUGGUGAACCGAUAGUUUCAUGAAGAAAAUCAUUGUGAGCAAGUACGUCACCAAGUGAGAGUGAGUUUAAUUUUUAAAGCACCUAGUGUUGAAACUGUGUUGAAGAGUGAGGGAUAUUUAGAGGUGUGUUCAGCUUCUAGCUAUGUGGCAUACAUUAUUAUAACAUAAAUAGAUAGUUUGUAUACGAAACAUAUUUUUGUAUUUUUUUAAUGAAAGUUUACAUAGGCAAACCAUAAACUUUGUUGGUGAACACAUGGAAGACAGUGUUUGUGAACACAUGGAAGACGAUGUUUGUUUGUGAACACAUGUAAGACGAUGUUUGUUUGUGAACACAUGUAAGACAAUGUUUGUUUGUGAACACAUGUAAGACAAUGUUCUUUGGUGAACACAUGGAAGACAGUGUUUGUUUGUGAACACAUGGAAGACGAUGUUUUUUUGUGAACACAUGGAAGACAAUGUUUGUUUGUGAACACAUGGAAGACAAUGUUUGUUUGUGAACACAUGUAAGACAAUGUUCUUUGGUGAACACAUGGAAGACAGUGUUUGUUUGUGAACACAUGGAAGACGAUGUUUUUUUGUGAACACAUCAAAGACAAUGUUUGUUUGUGAACACAUCGAAGACAAUGUUUGUUUGUGAACACAUGUAAGACAAUGUUUGUUGGUGAACACAGGGGAGACAAUGUUUGUGAACACAUGGAAGACAAUGUUUGUUUGUGAACACAUGUAAGACAAUGUUCUUCGGUGAACGCAUGGAAGACAGUGUUUGUUUGUGAACACAUGGAAGACAAUGUUUGUGAACACAUGGAAGACAAUGUUUGUUUGUGAACACAUCGAAGACAAUGUUUGUUUAUGAACACAUCGAAGACAAUGUUUGUUUGUGAACACAUGGAAGACAAUGUUUGUGAACACAUGUAAGACGAUGUUUGUUUGUGAACACAUGGAAGACAAUGUUUUUGUUUGUGAUCACAUCGAAGACAAUGUUUGUUUGUGAACACAUGUAAGACAAUGUUUGUUGGUGAACACAUGGAAGACAAUGUUUGUUUGUGAACACAGGGGAGACAAUGUUUGUGAACACAUGGAAGACAAUGUUUGUUUGUGAACACAUGUAAGACAAUGUUCUUCGGUGAACGCAUGGAAGACAGUGUUUGUUUGUGAACACAUGGAACACAAUGUUUGUGAACACAUGGAAGACAAUGGAGUAUGAGAAUGUAUGGAAGCUUGUGAUACUGAGACAAUGGGUUAGGAAGGACCGAUCUCAAGGAAGUAGUUAUGUCAGGGCAGCAAAAAAAUGAAUUUGAGGUGGACAUUAUACUAACAUAAAAACUUAAGAUAGGUUUGUGUUGAACAGAGUCAUAAAUUGGAGAUACGACAUAAUGAAUUUGACAGAAGUAAUAAAUGUAUCAUGGUAAACAUGAAUUUGACAGAACUAAUACAUGUAUUAUGAUAAGAAUUUGACAGAAAUGAUAAAUGCAUUAUAAUUAUAAGAAUUUGAAAGAAAUAGUAAAUGUAAUUUAAUAGACAAGAAUUCAAGAAUUUGGCAGAAUAAUGAUAACAAGAGUUUGACUGAAAUAAUAAAUGCAUUAUGAUAAACAAGAAUUUGACAGAAACAAUAAAUGCAUUAUGGUAACAAGAGUUUGACUGAAAUAAUAAAUGCAUUAUGAUAAACAAGAAUUUGACAGAAACAAUAAAUGCAUUAUGGUAACAAGAGUUUGACAAAAACAAUAAAUUCAUUCUGAUAAACAAGAAUUUGACAGAAACAAUAUGUGCAUUAUGGUAACAAGAGUUUGACCGAAAUAAUAGAUGCAUUAUGAUAAACAAGAAAUUGACAGAAAUAAUAGUGCUGAACAUGAACUUGAAAAAAAUUAUAAUGAAAUGAUAAAUAAAAUAUUAUUCAUUCCUUUGCCAAGUAGGUCCUAUGAAUAUGUGUUGGUGAACCGAUAGUUUCAUGAAGAAAAUCAUUGUGAGCAAGUACGUCACCAAGUGAGAGUGAGUUUAAUUUUUAAAGCACCUAGUGUUGAAACUGUGUUGAAGAGUGAGGGAUAUUUAGAGGUGUGUUCAGCUUCUAGCUAUGUGGCAUACAUUAUUAUAACAUAAAUAGAUAGUUUGUAUACGAAACAUAUUUUUGUAUUUUUUUAAUGAAAGUUUACAUAGGCAAACCAUAAACUUUGUUGGUGAACACAUGGAAGACAGUGUUUGUGAACACAUGGAAGACGAUGUUUGUUUGUGAACACAUGUAAGACGAUGUUUGUUUGUGAACACAUGUAAGACAAUGUUUGUUUGUGAACACAUGUAAGACAAUGUUCUUUGGUGAACACAUGGAAGACAGUGUUUGUUUGUGAACACAUGGAAGACGAUGUUUUUUUGUGAACACAUGGAAGACAAUGUUUGUUUGUGAACACAUGGAAGACAAUGUUUGUUUGUGAACACAUGGAAGACAAUGUUUGUUUGUGAACACAUGGAAGACAAUGUUUGUUUGUGAACACAUGGAAGACAAUGUUUGUUUGUAAACACAUGGAAGACAAUGUUUGUUUGUGAACACAUCAAAGACAAUGUUUGUUUGUGAACACAUCGAAGACAAUGUUUGUUUGUGAACACAUGUAAGACAAUGUUUGUUGGUGAACACAGGGGAGACAAUGUUUGUGAACACAUGGAAGACAAUGUUUGUUUGUGAACACAUGUAAGACAAUGUUCUUCGGUGAACGCAUGGAAGACAGUGUUUGUUUGUGAACACAUGGAAGACAAUGUUUGUGAACACAUGGAAGACAAUGUUUGUUUGUGAACACAUCGAAGACAAUGUUUGUUUAUGAACACAUCGAAGACAAUGUUUGUUUGUGAACACAUGGAAGACAAUGUUUGUGAACACAUGUAAGACGAUGUUUGUUUGUGAACACAUGGAAGACAAUGUUUUUGUUUGUGAUCACAUCGAAGACAAUGUUUGUUUGUGAACACAUGUAAGACAAUGUUUGUUGGUGAACACAUGGAAGACAAUGUUUGUUUGUGAACACAGGGGAGACAAUGUUUGUGAACACAUGGAAGACAAUGUUUGUUUGUGAACACAUGUAAGACAAUGUUCUUCGGUGAACGCAUGGAAGACAGUGUUUGUUUGUGAACACAUGGAACACAAUGUUUGUGAACACAUGGAAGACAAUGGAGUAUGAGAAUGUAUGGAAGCUUGUGAUACUGAGACAAUGGGUUAGGAAGGACCGAUCUCAAGGAAGUAGUUGUCAGUAUUAAUGUAGAAUAUUAUAGUCUUUUUACGGAGUAGUUUUGUAGCAAAUAAUUAUUAAUCAAUCAUUAUGAGUUGACAGUGUCUGCAGUCCAAUCACGACAGUAUGAAAUAUGUAUGGACAAAUAUAUUGAAUAUGGAGGCCUUGUUCAUUAAGUAUUGGAUCAUUUGCUUCAUUCCAGUAUGUUUUAUCAUUCUAAUGAAUGUCCUUCAUGUUCAUUGUAAGGGCAUACACUGAGGCCACCCUAAGGCCAUAUUCUUUGGUUACUUUAAGGUCAUGCUCACUUUAAUAUGUUGAGAUCACUUUGAGGCCUUCCCUGAGGUCACUUCAAGGCCUUCCCUGAGAUCACUUUAAAGCCAUACACUAAGGUCUCUUUAAGGCCUCUUUACGGCCUAAAUUUAGGUCACAUAAAGGCCAUACCCCAUGAUCACUUUAAGAUAAUAAAUUCAGGUUAGACCAUACUCUGAGAUUCCUUUAAUGCCAUGCUCUGAGGUCACCUUAUGACCAUACUCUCAGAUCACUUUCAGGCCAUGUUCUGAGGUCACUUUUAAGCAUAAUCUCUGGUCACUUUAAGGCCAUACUCUCAGGUCACUUUAAGGCCAUACUCUCAGGUCCCUCUAAGACCAUUCUCUCAGAUCACUUUAAGGCCAUGCUCUGAGGUCACUUUAAUACCAUGCUCUCAGAUAACUUUAAGACCAUACUCUCAGAUCACUUUAAGGCCUUGCUCUGAGGUCACUUUAAGGCCAUACUCUCUUGUCACUUUAAGACCAUUCUCUGAGAUUACUUUAAUGCCAUGCUCUCAGGUCACUUUAAGGCAAUACUCUCAGGUCCCUCUGAGACCAUUCUCUCAGAUCACUUUAAGGCCAUGCUCCACUUUAAGGCCAUACUCUCAGGUCACACUAAGACCAUACUCUCAGGUCACUUUAAGGCCAUACUCUCAGGUCACAUUAAGGCAUACUCUGAGGUCACUUUAAGACCAUUCUCUGAGAUUACUUUAAUGGCAUGCUCUGAGGUCACUUUAAUGCCAUGCUCUCAGGUCACUUUAAGGCAAUACUCUCAGGUCCCUCUGAGACCAUUCUCUCAGAUCACUUUAAGGCCAUGCUCCACUUUAAGGCCAUACUCUCAGGUCACACUAAGACCAUACUCUCAGGUCACUUUAAGGCCAUACUGUCAGGUCACCUUAAGGCAUACUCUGAGGUCACUUUAAGACCAUUCUCUGAGAUUACUUUAAUGGCAUGCUCUGAGGUCACUUUAAGGUCAUACUCUCAGGUCCCUUUAAGGCCAUACUCUGAGGUCACUUUAAGGCCAUGCUCUAAGAUCACAUGAAGCCCCGUAUGUAUUAUUGAAGUAGCAAAUACCACAAGCACACUAGUUAUGUCUCUUUCAUGGAUGUCUGAGAUUACAAAAAAAACCCAAAAAAACACACAACCACCUCUUGAAUAGAUUUCUGCAAAGUACUGUAUAUCGUCAGUUACUAGUACACGUAUAGGUUCCCUCACCUACAGUUCCCCUCCCUUAAAGACUGUAUUCAGUGGGUACACACGUGUGUUCAAGUUCACUGCCAGUUGUGAAUCUCUACUAUUUCUGGUUACACAUACCUAUGUUAUCCAUGUCAUGCACUGUUGUUUGUAUUUUACGAAUUGUUCCUUUUAGAUAUUUUUAUUGUAUGUAUCUUGUCUACUUAAAUGAUUGACCAAAGGUCACAGCACGAGUAUUCCAUGUUCCACAAUGAUGCCUUCUGAACACCUCCAUCACCUCUAGUUUAGUGGAAGGAAGCCAUGGUGUAGUCACUGCCAUUGUCCCACUACCCCUUAUAGCAGGCUGGAGUGGGGCAGUGUCAACUGAAGGGGAUUUGACUAAGGCAUUUUGUAUUGUUUCAAUGUCUUGUGUUUUCUGUAACAUAUAUGUACAACACGUGAACAACUUCACUGUAAUUUUAUGUGUAUGUUCACAUUUCCAAGGCUCUUGUCUUGUUUUGCAAGAUCUUUAGGUGUGCUUCUUGAUGACAUUCGGAGGAAGGAUAUAACAUUCUCCAACCAUUUGCUUAGAGUCUACAUGCAGAUAAUGCUGUGAUUGAGAUUCUGCCUCGAACAGAGUAUUUGUAUAGAAAUGAACUCCAGCCAUCCGUCUGUCCAUCACACUUCGUUUCUGGAGCAGAACUCAGAGACCAUAAGACGAUAAUGUUACAAAAUAUGGUAAACACAUUCACCAUUUGGUGUAGAUGUGCCUUUUGCUAUUUAGGUUUCCCCUGCAUUUGAAAUAUAUUUUAUAUAAUUUUUUAAAAUUUGGACUUAGUUUCUGAACUGAAUGGAAGCAGUGGGUUUCAUUUCCGGAGCAGAACUCAAAAGCCGUUAGAGAAAUCUUUAUAAAACUUGGUACACACAUUCACUAUAUGGUGUAGAUAUGCCUUUCCCUAUUUAUGAUUCCCCAAAAAUAUAUUUUAUUUUAUAUGAAUUUUAUAAAUUUGGACUUAGUCACUGAACUGAAUGAAAGCAGUGGAUUUCAUUUCCAGAGCGGAACUGAAAAAUCCUUUUAGAGAUAUGUUUAAGAAACUUGGUAAACACACUCACCAUACACCCCGCAGUGUAGAUGUGCCUUUUGCUAUUUAUGAUUCUCCCAAUUUUUUUGUUUUAUAUAAAUUUGAUUAAUUUAGACUUGAAUUGGAGCAAUUUUAAGUUAACAAUUUUCCUCAGUUCUGUUAUGUACUUCUCCAUGAAACUUUGUACAAUAUAAACCUACUGCCGAUAUAGAGUCUUUGUUCUGUAAAGAUUUUAAAAUUGUUAUCAUUUCCUAUUUCAAUUAAAUGGCGCACCAGUAGACACUGCAACAGGAUAUAAAAGGAUUCAUAGUAGAUGUAUUAGAAAUUUGCCAGGUUUUGAGGUGUCAGCAUGCUCACAACUUUUGUACUGUAUCUGUACCGUGUACCUUACUCUGGUAACUACCCAUAAAGGGUAGGGCUGCAACAAUACCAGCCUGUAUAACAAUGCUCUACAAUACAAUUCAUGAUAUCUAAACAAGUGAAUUGUGCAGUGCUUAAGGAUACAAAUCAAACUUCGCCUUCACAUACUGGAAGAUGAUGACAACAUUUGUUUACAUUACAGUCUUACUGAAGCAGAUAUUUGUACAAAGUUCUAUGGAGAUGUUAUACAGCAGCUCUUGUAUUCAAGCUCUUCCACAAGCGAAUGGACAAACUUAAUUUACAAUGUCACAUUUAAUUGCACAUAUCAUUGUCUUUAAGAUUGUCCAAUAGGCGGGAGAUAUAGAUGACUUCGUCUUCUUGUUAUACUUUUCGCCUGUGCCCAUUGUAUUGUAACUCUGGUCCAUAUAAUGCCUUUGCUCUUGUACUGUAACCCUGGUCCUUAUAAUGCCUUUGCUCUUGUACUGUAACCCUGGUCCAUAUAAUGCCUUUGCUCUUUUACUGUAACCCUGGUCCAUAUAAUGCCUUUGCUCUUUUACUGUAACCCUGGUCCAUAUGAUGCCUUUGCUCUUGUACUGUAACCCUGGUCCUUAUAAUGCCUUUGCUCUUGUACUGUAACCCUGGUCCAUAUAAUGCCUUUGCUCUUGUACUGUAACCCUGGUCCAUAUAAUGCCUUUGCUCUUGUACUGUAACCCUGGUCCUUAUAAUGCCUUUGCUCUUGUACUGUAACCCUGGUCCAUACAAUGCCUUUGCUCUUGUACUGUAACCCUGGUCCAUAUAAUGCCUUUGCUCUUGUACUGUAACCCUGGUCCAUAUAAUGCCUUUGCUCCUGUACUGUAACCCUGGUCCCCAUAUAAUGCCUUUGCUCUUGUUCUGUAACCCUGGUCCAUAUAAUGCCUUUGCUCUUGUACUGUAACCCUGGUCCAUAUAAUGCCUUUGCUCUUGUACUGUAACCCUGGUCCAUAUAAUGCCUUUGCUCUUGUACUGUAACCCUGGUCCAUAUAAUGCCUUUGCUCCUGUACUGUAACCCUGGUCCCCAUAUAAUGCCUUUGCUCUUGUUGUGUAACCCUGGUCCAUAUAAUGCCUUUGCUCUUGUACUGUAACCCUGGUCCAUAUAAUGCCUUUGCUCUUGUACUGUAACCCUGGUCCAUAUAAUGCCUUUGCUCCUGUACUGUAACCCUGGUCCCCAUAUAAUGCCUUUGCUCUUGUUCUGUAACCCUGGUCCAUAUAAUGCCUUUGCUCUUGUACUGUAACCCUGGUCCAUAUAAUGCCUUUGCUCCUGUACUGUAACCCUGGUCCAUAUAAUGCCUUUGCUCCUGUACUGUAACCCUGGUCCAUAUAAUGCCUUUGCUCCUGUACUGUAACCCUGGUCCCCAUAUAAUGCCUUUGCUCUUGUUCUGUAACCCUGGUCCAUAUAAUGCCUUUGCUCCUGUACUGUAACCCUGGUCCAUAUAAUGCCUUUGCUCUUGUACUGUAACCCUGGUCCUUAUAAUGCCUUUGCUCCUGUACUGUAACCCUGGUCCAUAUAAUGCCUUUGCUCUUGUACUGUAACCCUGGUCCAUAUAAUGCCUUUGCUCCUGUACUGUAACCCUGGUCCUUAUAAUGCCUUUGCUCUUGUACUGUAACCCUGGUCCUUAUAAUGCCUUUGCUCCUGUACUGUAACCCUGGUCCAUAUAAUGCCUUUGCUCCUGUACUGUAACCCUGGUCCAUAUAAUGCCUUUGCUCUUGUACUGUAACCCUGGUCCAUAUAAUGCCUUUGCUCUUGUACUGUAACCCUGGUCCAUAUAAUGCCUUUGCUCCUGUACUGUAACCCUGGUCCCCAUAUAAUGCCUUUGCUCUUGUUCUGUAACCCUGGUCCAUAUAAUGCCUUUGCUCUUGUACUGUAACCCUGGUCCAUAUAAUGCCUUUGCUCCUGUACUGUAACCCUGGUCCAUAUAAUGCCUUUGCUCCUGUACUGUAACCCUGGUCCAUAUAAUGCCUUUGCUCCUGUACUGUAACCCUGGUCCCCAUAUAAUGCCUUUGCUCUUGUUCUGUAACCCUGGUCCAUAUAAUGCCUUUGCUCCUGUACUGUAACCCUGGUCCAUAUAAUGCCUUUGCUCUUGUACUGUAACCCUGGUCCUUAUAAUGCCUUUGCUCCUGUACUGUAACCCUGGUCCAUAUAAUGCCUUUGCUCUUGUACUGUAACCCUGGUCCAUAUAAUGCCUUUGCUCCUGUACUGUAACCCUGGUCCUUAUAAUGCCUUUGCUCUUGUACUGUAACCCUGGUCCUUAUAAUGCCUUUGCUCCUGUACUGUAACCCUGGUCCAUAUAAUGCCUUUGCUCCUGUACUGUAACCCUGGUCCAUAUAAUGCCUUUGCUAAUGUACUGUAACCCUGGUCCAUAUAAUGCCUUUGCUCUUGUACUGUCACCUUGGUCCAUAUAAUGCCUUUGCUCCUGUACUGUAACCUUGGUCCAUAUAAUGCCUUUGCUCCUGUACUGUAACCCUGGUCCAUAUAAUGCCUUUGCUCUUGUACUGUAACCUUGGUCCAUAUAAUGCCUUUGCUUUCGUGUCCUUACCUUGCUCUUAGAUUCAAUCUCAUUAAAAUCAGAUCUUCGUUCUCGCUAUCGCUAUACAAAGAUUUGUGGACAUCCCAUUACAGGUCACGUCAGAAAGAUCUUUCAUUCGACCAAUCAAAGUGUCGCUUACCAGAUCAUGAAAGUGACGGUCGGAAUAUGUUGUCUAAUAAUGCAACCUCGAAAACGUCAACACAGUGUAUUCCGAACGACAGUUAAGGUCCGUACGACUGAUUCCAUCAAAAUUAUCGUCUAUCUCUCGCUUCCAUGGGAUAAACAGUACGUGGGAAGCACUGCCAUAUAAUCUCAAUCAUAUAUUAGACAUUCCGGAAUGUUCGUUUGUGCAGUUUUCAAAAUUUUAAUCAGUACUGUGUCAACAUGUUUUUCCAGUGUAGUCUGAAAUGGAAGUCGCCAGGUUGAAACGAGUGCCGUAAAGCUCAAGAAAGGUGCUUACUAAUUGGCUGAUGUCGACUUCUUGUUAGUCAUUUCAGUGGUCGGUCAAAGUUCGCGAAAGGUCGUUCUGACAUGACCCGUAAUGGGAUGUCUUCAGAUCUUUGUUUAGCAGCAGCGAGAACUCAGAUCUGAUUUUAAUGAGAUUGUCUUAUAUUGUUACCCUGGGCUGACAUCACUCCACAUACCGCUAUUACCAGUAAUGCCUUUACCCCAGUAUCGUUACCAUUACACAUUAGGAGUUGGCUUCUUGUUUGGUUACUUUGGUCCAUGUGAUGCCUUUGCCCCUUGUACAAUUACCCUGUCCGCUUGCAUCCUCAGGGGCCAUCUAUUUAACACCAUAGGACCCUGGGGCUUUUGUUUGAGACUGAAUAUUUGUUCAGCAAUUGCUUCUCAGUAUUCAGGUUUUUUCUCAGAAACCCAUCUCAUUAUUUUUCAAAACUUCAACCAUGUCCCGUGAACUAUAUAUUUUGGUGGUGGAUAUUAUGUUUCCAGUGUAUUUGGAAACAGGUGGGUUUCUUUUCAAAAGUCUCGACUCCUUGAAUAAUAAACCUGUCUAUAGAAUGCCUUUGCUUCUUGCUUCCUCAAUGGCUUGUGCUUCACCUGUCGAUGUCAUCAGGAUCUCCGUGUGGCCAGGAUCUACAGGGUUGCUCUGAUAUAUGGAUGUCAAGUUUCUGUAUUACCUUCCUCCGUAUUUCAGAGGGAAUUCUUGGAAUACAAAAAUAUCAUGUGUAUUUGUUGUUUGCAAUUGUGACAAUCAAGUGGUAUCGAUGAUCAUGAAAGGAAGAGAACAUAUUGCGAGGUCUCAAAGUAAUAACUUUAUGGGAGUGUCAAAUCAUUGUGGAAAACACAUGGAUAGGAAAAUGACCUCCCUGUCCAGUAUGAGAGAUAUCACAGCCAAUGUAUUGCUCAAUGUUAGAUUUGUUAUCAAUUGCUUUGUUUCAUGUGAUGAAGAUUUUGUAUGACCAUUCGUUUCAUGUCGCUGUUACUGUUAUGGAAGCUGCCAGAAGUACCAUUGUUACUUCACUGACACACUCAGCUAUAUUUCCAUCAGGAGAGUUAUUCAGUCUCGCAUGGCAUGCACUGGUAAGCUGGGACAAUUAGCCUGAGAUGGAGGUACUGGGAGUCUGGUAUUGACAACAGAAAGGACACACACACACACACACACACACACACACACACACACACACACACACUUACACAGGCACACACACAGGCACGCACGCACACACAUACACGCACGCGCGCGCGCACACGCACACACACACACACACACACACACACACACACACCCAGGCACACGCACACACAGUCAGGCCUGUACUUAAGUCAAACCCACUUCUAAUCAUCCAAAUAGUUCACAGUGUUUCACCAUCUGUCUGUCUGCCCUGUGAAUCUCCUUCUGUAAUAUGUUUAGUUGUUGACAUAUUUUGUUUGUUACUUUGCUUUGGCAAUGCAUCCUAAAACAAUCUUGCACUGAAUGAAAUAAAGCCUUUGUCAACUA